ACGAUCCAAGCUUCUGUGAUCAAUUCAGAAUCAAAGUUCGACACGAGCGAACAUUCGACCGUUAGAACGAUCAGAACGACCGAAAGGGGAAGUAUUUCAACAACAACAGAUGUCACAAGCGAGCCGAGAAGAACUUCAGGCAAAAGAUUCGAGGAAACUAAAAGGAUAGAGCCAACGAUUAACAGACGAGACGGCAAAAGAUAUUUUUCUGAAAGCAACGAAGGAACAAAGUUAAAAAAUAAUGAACAAAAAUUCAUUUCUCGAAGAACGUCCAAUGGAAGAGCGAAUAAUUCAACUGUCACUGAGAGAUUGGACAACAAAGGUCCAUCCGUGUUCCUGGCAACCACGGAGUCUUCGAGGUCUAGAACCGGAAGAAAGAUUCAAACGACUUAUUCGAUGAAAGAUCUAAAGACACAAAUCCCUACGUCUAGAAGGUACAACAGUAAGAAAUUUAGGGACGUUGAAACCACUACAGCUUCGUUUAGAAGAGAAAGUAGAGGUAGAUCGACUACAGAAAAGAUUGAAAGGAGUACCAGAUCUGGUAGAUCGAAGGUGAACAAUGCGGAAAAUAAUUCUAUUGCUCGAAGAGGUCCAGAUCCUCUUUUAUCAGAAUCCGAAAGUGUAAGAGUCGAUAUUCCUCUCACUGUAGGUGAAACAGGAAAUCCAGCUUCGAAUGUAACCACUGGAUUUGAUGUAGCUUCUCAGAGAAGAUCGGACGCUAAAGAAUCAUCCAGAUCCGGUCGGACAGGAUUCGAAAGAUCGAAAAGUCGUGGACGGUCGAACGACUCCGAGGCUUCUGGAUCAUCCAGAUCUGCUUCUCCAAGAGGAUCUUCAAAGUUCAGUGAUUCUACGACGACAGAAGCUAACGAACAGAUUGUUAGUUCGAGAAGGAAUACGGUUUCCAGAGAACGUUCCAGAGGUUCCGAGAUCAAGAAGAAUUCUGUGAAUGAAUCUAGAUCCAGGUCUAGAGGUAGAAACGUGGAAAAUAAUACGAAACCUAUUUCGGACGGUGCUUCAGAAAGGAAUGUGAAGCGGAAAGUGGCUGGGGAAAGAAACUCUUCGGAUAGGAGACCGAGAAUUCCCGAUGUUACUCCAAGAGCUAUCGACAGUCGUAGACAGGAUACUCAGGAUAUGCGUGGAAGAUCGAGAGGCAAGUCAAGAUCGGAUGUUACCACACCUAUUACUAUGGAUGUUACUACAACUGUUGCAUCAGAUACAACAGUUUCUACCGACGUAACAGUCACCGAUUCUGAAAUAACAAGUACGACUAUAAGAUUAGCGACUACACCAAGUCCAAGAGCAACAUCAAGACCAUUAUCGACUUCUGCUUCAACCCUCGAAGCAUCAGGACGAGGUAGAGGAAGAGGCAGAAGCGGAAGUCACGGUAGAAAACAGAAAGAGGAUUUUUUCAAUCACGGACUAGGGUUCAGAGGUCGAAAACCCUCGCCUGAAGGAUCCGCAAACGUGACAGAGUCUAGAAAAACUGUCUCGUGGAAAAACGAUUCCCAGUCGCAUGGAAAUCCAGGUUGGACGCUCAGGAGGCGACCAGCUCAUUUUAACUCUGAAAAUAUUUCGAAGACGAUCGUGCCUUCGCCAAGGGAUCAAACGAACGAAGUGGUGCCAUCCAACGAACAAUCGACCAGCACCGAAGCUAUAACAACUAUCGAAAGUUCCACGUUUGGCACGAAAAGAGGCUUCAAGAAGCUGCAAACGACGGACGAGAGUUCCACGGUGGCUGAAACCACGACCAAGAGCUACAGAAGAGGCAACAAAACCUUUGGAAAUGGCAAGGUGACCGCGGCACUUGAAGAGAGUGAUAAUUAUCCGCCUGAGUUUAAGGCGAGGUUAACUCAGUUGAAGAAUACCAACACGAAAAUACCAGCCUCAAAAACGACCUCUAGAACGCCAUUGGAGGAACAAGAGAGGAAUAUCUAUGGUCGACGCUCGAGGAACAACUCGAUGGCGUUCGAUCCUGACGACCUCGAAACCGCAGCUUCAGCAAAUGUUUUGACGGAUGAAACUUUAGUCGUGAAUCCCUUAACGUUGAUAAAUGGCACAGGAUUGCGACGCUUGCUUUUGUAUUGGGUUCUCGAUGGAGAAAGUGAAGGUUUAUUUGACUUAUCUGAACAUAACGCGUUCCGAUUUAUUCCCAGCAAGGAAAAUAUCGGCCGCGCGCUAUGUCGUCUUCCCAUAAUCGAAUCGGUACCGUCCUUCGUUUCCCGACCUGUUGUGAGUGUAUGCUUUCCGAGCGACCUUGAGAACGUCUCCUGUCGAUGGAAAGCUCGUCGAGACCGUGGCACACUAACAGAGUUCCCGCUCGAGCUUCCGGAGCCGGCUUCAGUCUCGACAGCGGUUUUCCACUAUCUUAAAACGGAGCUGUUUGAACGACCCUUUCAGGUGAAAAAAUCGUCAGCCGCUCUGUUCGCUGAAAGAUCGAGGAUGAAACUGGAGCUGGCUAGGAGGUUAGUGAAGCCAGAGUUGAACAUCGAGGAGAAUGAUCUCGACGCAACCACGGCCUCCUCUUUCAGCAAACGGAAACCAACCGGCGUGCCGGUGGUCGAUGAGACGAGCAAGGUCGCCAAAUACUCUAAGCCCGCUGUCGCAGCAUCGGGACGCAACAGGCCUUCCACUUCCGUAGAAAGCACUCAGGAAGAGGUCAGCGUGAAAACCUUGAAACUUCCUAGUUCGAGGAAAGGUCACGACGAUUCUUUAAAGGUUACCGGCAGACCGUAUAGUUUAAAGAAAGGGCGGGUCAUUGCGGAGCGAAUGGUCACUUCGAUCUCGAUCGAAGAGAGAGCCAUUGCGGAGGAAACGACCAAACCGUAUGUGCUAACCACGAACCCGUCCGUGAUAACCUCCGCUGAACAGGGAUCGGCAACAACCAUCGACUCGACGAGGGUUCGUUUAGCCAGUGAUCGUGGAGGAAAGAAGUCGAAGGAAGAGGAUUCGACGCCGACCAAGAACAUGAAGGUUUCGCUUUACUCCACUCAACGCAUCGAGACUAUCGAUCCCGUUACUACUAUCAAACCGAAGAAAUCCUAUAGCUAUCAAUCACGUAAUAAAUUACGAGAGCAGUCUGCCACGAUCGAACAAAGUUUCACGACGUCGGCACCUAAGAAAUCCUACUCCUCCACACAGAGCAAAUCGCAAACGUCCCAAGAAGAGAACAUUACAAAAAAAUCGAAGUUUGCUACCAGCGCUACCAAGCCCAUUUUUAGACCUCGUUACAGCAAACGAAACAACGAGAAAUCUUUCGAGAAGAAGACGAUGGACGAUCAAGCUAUCUUUACCACGAAACUACCCGUAGCUACCAGCAGAUAUUCGAAGAAGAAGUCUUCGGUAAAAUCUAUCGAUGAUAAAUCGGCGACAACGGAGGGUUUAUCUGCACAGACGAGAAAGAUCGAGUUUCGUCCUAGAACCGCGACCUAUCGAAGACAUUCAGAAAUUCCCACGACUUUAACUGAAUCCAGUACGAAGGUCGACGGUGUAGGAAUCGCCAUCACACCGAGAUCGACAAAAUACCACGCCACUUUAAAGACUUCCACGAUAUCUCCUCGAUCGGUAGCACAGGGACCACAGGUAAACUUGAAGAUCGCGAACGAGACGGCGCAGGAGACGCCAGGAAUUACCGGCAGCAGCAACGGCGACAGUGGUAACUCGAAUGUCUUCAAUCCGACCAGAAGCACGUUUCUCAGCGGAAACAGUACACUGCUGGAGCAACUGAGAAGCACGGUGGCACCGCUGCUGAGUUCCCUUGGUAACAAGACGCCUGUGUUUUCCGGAUCUUACAGUAACGUUAACAACGUGAAUUCACCACCCAGAGUCACCCCCAGUGGACAACCACCCCGCUUUAGUGCGAGAUACAAAGGAGCGGAAUUAUUCGUUAGAAAACAAAAUAAUAUUUAUCAGCCCACUGUGCCAUCGAUUACUAGUUCGUCGACUACACCAAUUACACCCUUAGAGAACUCUGGUUCGGCCCCACCAAUCGAUGUCUCAAGUCCUGGCGAGCCGAGAUUCUUGACCCUUUAUCAGGCAUUGGAGUCAGCCAGCAUCAGGAACGAACAGUUACAGGGAAACGCGAUUGCACAGCUGCAAAGACAACAAGCUGGCAGUGUUUCCCAGGUAGACUUUAACGCCACCGCCGUUAACGAUAUCGGCGAUAACGCUAACAAUGACACCACAAGCCCCACUGUAGCAACCAUCAGCCCACAGACAUCAGACACCACCGCGAACACUAUUCAGGACAGCACACAGACCCCGAGAUUACCCGAGGAUCCGGACAACUCCACCCCCGCGGUUACCACAGGAGCCCCUGAAACCCCUUCAACGACCGAACCGGUUUUCACAAGCACAGAAUCGUCUUCUAGUACCGAGCAAGCCUCCACCAGCACAGAAUCGCCCUCCAGUACCGAACAACUUUUCACCAGUACAGAAUCGGUUUCCAAUACCGAACGAGUUUCCAUCGGUAGAGAUUCAUCCUUCACUACGGAACAAACUUCCACCAACAUCAAUUCCAUAUAUGUCACUGAGUCAACUAGCACAGAGUCGUUUCUGCGGUCUACAGAUGCAACGACGAUGAACGUCGAAGGUGCGGAAGAUGUUCAAACUUCCAUUUCGGCAGACAACAAUUCGACCAAUCAGGAACUCGUGAGUUCUAUCACGGAUGCUUCUACGACUAUUAGUUCUACAUCCGAAGGUAGUAGUACCGAGUUUGAGGGUGAUACGAGUUCCACCACUGUUAGUACGGCAACGCAGAGUACGACUGGCAAUAUCGAUAUUACGUCAAGAAUAGAUUUUUCGCAGAAUACAAUAGAGACGACUACCUUUUCGACAACUGUCACCAACACAGCGACAACGUCUGAAAAUCCCGAGACUAAUACCAUACCGCUGUCGGAUACUACUGCUACUCAGACAGCCGAUAUUAGCUCGACCGAUGCUCUAACGACCGAAGCAGAUUCGAGUAAUAUGAUCGAUAUAGAGACAACUACGGCGAUACCCACGUCCACUAUUCGAACUAGGCUGAUAGAUCUCGCACAGGAUAUCCUGUUUCGAUUGCAAGCGACUAUGUCCACGACCACGGUACCGAGUCAAGAUUCAACGACGAUGUUGUCUCCCACGACGGAAACAUCGAACGUGAUACCAGACUCGAGUAGCAAUCGUAAUUUGGAGUCCCUGUCGCAGUUGAGGGAUGAAACGGCGAUCAAUCAAGAAGAAUCGGGAACGACUACCCUAGCGUCGGUUACAACGGAGCAAUCGAGUUUAAGAACGAUCGAAGAAGUAACUACCCAAAGCGCAGAUUCAAUUGCUGCUUCGUCACCCACAAUGGUAUUUACUCAGGAAACCACCACGCAGGAUGAAAUAAGUGCAAUAACAACCACAACACCAGCAACAAUAACAUCUACAACAAUCACACAAGACUUUCAGACAGUAUCGGACACAGAUUCGACCACUGUAGGCGAUUCAAACGAUUCUUCGACUUCCCCGUUAAGCGUUGAUGUAACAACUGUGUCGACGAUCACUUCCACCAACGACACUUUACUAACGGAGUUAAUGUCCAUUGCCAAAACACUUUUUUCGGAUGAGAUAAACGAUAAUCAGGAAGAAAUAGCCGGGCAAAAUUCAAACGUCACAUCUAGAUUAGAUAACUUAAUGGAAAACGAGAUAUACCGACCGAGCUUAUCCAACGACGAACUCAGCACUACCCAAGUUGCAGAAACAUCGUCUUUUUCCUCCAAUGCCAUGUCAGAAAAUGUAGAGUCUUCUACUAUUCCGGUUGAUCCCUCACAGAAUGAGGUAGACCUUACUACAACCGUAUCUUCUGAAAAUCUGACAGAUACACUGACAACAACCCCUCGGAGUAACAUGUCCGAUGACGAAGUAGAGAGCAUACAGACCGAAACCACACCAGUAGCGUUAGGACCCCUUGCCGAGAUCGUAGAAUCGACGACUCCCUCGUUUAAGACAGAAAUUGAGCCACGAGUCACUCUGUCGCUUAGCGGAUCGUUGGAUGCUGACACUAGUCUCGAUACCACGACUCAGACACAGACAACCACCAGCACACAAAGUUCAGAACCGACAACCACAUUCGCCACGAAUUUCGAGCUAACCACUGACACGUUCGAUUUGUUUUCGUCUAAUCUGAUCACGGCAACCAAUCCACAAAUAGUUUCCGAACAGGUUACAGAAAGUGUCACUGAACCUACAGGAGUCUCCGUACCAUUAACCAGUCUCACAACCGUAACAUCACGGCUUAUGACAGACAAUGGCACUACUACUCAACCCGAAAUAACUACCGUAGCUCUUCAAACUACCGCUUCCUCUGUAAAUACGAUCACUGUGACACCCUCAAUAUCCUUCGAACAAACCACAUUGGCACCUACAGUAGAGUUGCUUGAACGUGUAAAUGACGUAGAAGUGGAAACUAACCAAACAACAGAGUCCACGACUCAGUUGGCAUCUUUGAUCACCGAAAGCGCUGAUAACGAAACCAUCGAAGCCACCGCGUCAUCAAUUACAACCGCUGCGCAGCAGGAUGUUAACUCUAUUGACGAUACGGGAGUCACUACUAACCAAUUCUCGCUAACAUCGACUACAAUUCCCGUCAUGGAAACCACUACUAAUGCACCCAGCGAAAACGUCCCCCAAACGACCCCAAAUCUUGAAAACAAAUCUCCAACUAUUGUUGCCCGUUUCCAGGAUACGACAUCAGCAACCGCCCAAGCGACGGCAGGUUCGGGAAUCGGCCAAACGACCGAGAUCACAACUCCUACGAUCCCAGAUACUUCGAUCGUCUCAUCAAUGUCCUCAGAAUUUCCCACUUCAUCGGAUCCCGACGUUCCCCUCAUUACAACCACUUCAUCUUCGGUCGAAUCGACGACGACGACGAUCACGACUGAGACAGCGACGUCGACGAGUACAGGACGCGUUCCUGACGGGGGGACAUCGACACCUCAAACGACGAGAAUGGACGUCAUCACCGUCACCCCUGUGACGGAAACUACUACGGUCAAUAUAGAAGAGAAUCUCGUAUCUACCGAAGUUGGAACAUCGACGACAACUGCUUCGUCGGAAAGUACGACCACAAUGUCAGGAGGUACUACGAACGACUCUACGAGUACAACUUCUGCUUCUACGGAAGCAACAACCGUGCCCAUGCAAGCUACCCCUGGAACGACUGUGCCAACAGCUACCAGCCUUCCACCUAGGCCAGCUUCUCAGAGUUCCACAAUGCCUUAUCUAGGUCGCUUCGGCGGCAGCAGAUUGACACCUGCCCCACGUUUCAGCCUAAGCUCGACUACCAGAGCCCCUCUACGAGACUACCUAGUGUACGGAAUCUACCCGAACAAAACGAUCGUGAGAAAGCGGCCAGAGGAUAACCUGAUCGAUGCUAGAAACGUGGACAGCCCGUACGUGAUAUUCGGUAUCUUCCCGGACGGCAGGCUGGUUCGAAAAUUCCCGAAUGGAACGAUAAUACCGGAUCCACCUAGGAACCCGGUCGAGGUUGUGUUCUCACUUAGCACUUCCACUACCACUAACAGGCCACCACCCAGACCGUAUUAUAACCAGGCUAACCAAGGCACUUACAAUCAAUAUCGAGGCCCGGUGUACAAUAGUAACGAUAGACCUGUCGCUGAACCGAUGAGAAACGUCCAAAGCCCCAGCAUCGUUGAUCUUGGCCUUACUGGUAACGCGAUCGUCGGCCCCAAUGGAGGUGGACCCGAUAAUACGGGGCCACUUGGUUCCCCUGCUAGUGUCCCGAGCACCAACGAAAUGAGCAAUGCCCUGCUGAAUACGCAAAUGAGGACAGUGUCGGUGACGCCGAUAGUAAGUACCGGUCGACCGCCGACCGAUUCGCAGGGCGGUCGUAUCGUCCAGGAUCGAGAGAGGGACGAGGCCACCAGGACGAAGGAGGCCGGAGGUCAACGCAGCUCCGUGUACAUCGGACAGGACAAGUUCGUCAAUUAUUGGACCGAUGGGGCUUCCACCUCUAACCCGCGCGUUCUCAGUGUGAAUAUAAAUUCAGUAGCUACUGCUGCAAACGAAGGACCAUCACCUUCUGUACCAUCAUUUGAGAAUCUCCUGAACAAUCAACCAGGAGGUCGAGUCACAGCUCCGCCUGGAUUCCCAUGGAGGGAUCCUUUGGACCAAAUCUUUGGUAUUACUACCUCCUCGCCGGUAAUAACAGCUUCAGUGGCAUCUAACAGACUGGACGAUUUGUCAGAACCAAAUGGCCCAGCCUUAGCUCGUCCGAUCAAUCCAUUUGUCGAAGUCUUUACUCCAUUUUCUAAUACGAUUGGAGUUCCAAGAGGUAACAUAGGAUCCAUUCCUCCUCCACCACCACCAACAACGCCUGUUGCAUUUACAACUACACCUACAACUCCUGUACCUACUACUACUAUUGCUACCAUUACUACAAUGGCACCAACGACAACUACUACUACCACUACAGUGGCAUCAACAACUACUACUACGAUGGCACCAACAACAACUACUACUACGAUGACACCAACAACAACUACUACUACGAUGGCACCAACAACUACAACUACAAUGGCGCCAACUAUCACUACAACUACCACUCCAAGUACAACAAUGACUCCAACAACAGUGGCUACAAUGACGCCAACAACUACCACGAUGGCAGCACCUACCAUCACUUCGGAGCCACCAACAAUUGUUCAAAGGGUGAUGAUUGCGUCACAGGCAGGAGCUACUUCUGAAGCAACAACUUCUUCUCAAAUAAAUUCAUCUAAUUUACCAAAAAAUUUGUUGAAUACGCGACAGCAGAAUGCUUUUGGUACUACGUUCGAUGAUUUGGCCUUCCUGAAUUCGUUGUUACAGAGUAAUUCGCGGAGUACCAGUCAGAAGACACUGACACAAGUGGAGCAACUCUUGGCAAAUAAGAUUUUGGAACUGGCAUUGAAAAAUCCGGGACCGACUCGAUCACCAAAAGCUAUCAGUAUCGAAAAUGCUUCGCCAAACUCGAUUUACAAGUCAGCAACGACAUCUCUUUCUGAGCCAAUAAUAAUCGAUUUGUCUCCAGCGUCUACAGUUUCAACAUCCACGCGCAAACCAGUGGAAACACAGCAACCAACCAGUCAAAGACCAGUAAUUAGUAGUUUGACACCCGUGCAAGUGACUUGGAAACCAGUUACAACCACUAGCACCAGAAGAAGCGUGGAAAUAAGCACAGCUUCUCCUUCGACCACGGCUAAAACGACUUUGAUAAGCACCACUAAAGCUCCUGUAACUGUUAAAGCUAAACUAGCAACCACUUCUCGACCUAGAACCACCACUCAGGCACCACUAGGCUUUGGUGGACUUCUGUGGCAGGCUCUCCUCGGUGGAGGUUUAUUCGGAUCAUCGACAACUCCGAAGCCUGUAAAAGCUAAACCGGUGCCAAAAACCACGCAAAAGUCGGUUAAUAUUAUGCCGAAACCAAUCCAAACCAUGCAAAAGUUAGAAACGACAACAAUUCCGUCUAGUGCGACUCUGAAGGCCGUGGACAUUUCGAAAAUUCAAGUAAAUAGUCCAAAUUCAAUCGUACAGGAAAAAUCAGUGACCACGCCGUUUACAAUCUCGACCACCGAUCAACCAUUGAUUAAUAAUCCAAAUCCGAGGUUGCCUGGUGUGGUGACGUCGACCUAUUCUCCCGAAGAAGAUGCAAAGUUCAUAGUUGAGCUUCUGCGAGCUGUUGAACAGGAUAAUAAAACUGGUUCCUCGAAGAAAGUAUCAGGAUUAACUCAGGAUGAUCAAUCCUUUUUAAGAGCGAUCUUAAGCGGUCGAGCUUUAACAACAACGACUCCAUCACCGACGGUAGAAGUCAGUAACGCCGCUUUGUUGGCGGCAUUAUUGAAAGCUCAGGGUAUAGAACCACCAACUCCGGCCAAUAAUAUUAGAGAGCAACUCCAGUUAGCCAGUCUCGGGCAGAGCGUCACCUCUGCUCCGACUGCGUCCCCUACUAGCGAGUCUUCGACAAUUACGACAAGGCCGGCAUCUACUGCUGCAACCCGACCAACGGAUACCACGAAAAAGACGGUGACACUGAGACCAACCUCAGGACCAAGGAUACGCACUACAACGUGGUCACCAAGCUCUACGUAUCCACCACCUCUCUUUAGCUCUUUCUCCAAUUACGGCACGCCGGCACAGUCAGCCGGUGAUAAUUCUGGAAAUAGCGCAUUAUUUGGUGCUACCAGAGCAUUCAGUCAAUUUCUCGGUGCUGCGAUAAGCGGAGCUGCGCAACAGUUGCAGUCACUGGUCAGAAAUGGUACUAGAAUUGUGUCCGAAGUGGUAGGGUAAAGCUUACGAAAAGGAAAGAAAUUUAAUAUAAUCUAUAAAAUAAAAUUAAUUCGCUCACGUGAAAA